GGCGUGACGUCACCGCGCCGCACCUCGUUGCAGCGCGGCGAUGGCGUCUCCCCGGGAGUGCGUGCCGGAGGAGCUGGAGGAUCCGCUGCGGAGCUUUGUGAGGGUUCUGGAGAAACGCGAUGGCACAGUGCUGCGACUGCAGCAGUACGGCUCCGGCGGCGUGGGUUGUGUUGUCUGGGACGCUGCUAUUGUCCUUUCCAAAUAUCUAGAGACGCCGGGGUUCUCGGGCGACGGGACCCACUCGCUGAGCCGCCGGUCGGUGCUGGAGCUGGGGUCGGGCACCGGGGCCGUGGGGCUCAUGGCCGCCACGCUCGGGGCAGAUGUUGUGGUCACCGAUCUUGAGGAACUGCAAGACUUGCUGAAGAUGAAUAUUAAUAUGAACAAGCAUCUUGUCACUGGUUCUGUUCAAGCCAAGGUACUGAAAUGGGGGUCAGAGGUAGAAGACUUUCCCUGCGCACCGGACUACAUACUGAUGGCUGACUGCAUAUAUUACGAAGAGUCUUUGGAGCCACUGCUGAAAACUCUAAAAGAUCUCAGUGGAUCUGAAACUUGUAUUAUAUGUUGCUAUGAACAGCGUACAAUGGGAAAAAAUCCAGAAAUUGAGAAAAAAUAUUUUGAGCUUCUUCAGCUAGACUUUGAGUUUGAAAAAAUUCCUUUGGAAAAACAUGAUGAAGAAUAUCGAAGUGAAGAUAUUCAUAUUAUAUACAUCAGAAAGAAGAAAUCAAAAUUGCCAUCAUGAAAACUUGAGCAGCGUUACCCAGGCCUUUGCCAGUGUGGGUAAGCUAACCACGGGAAUGCAGCAUGGGAAUGCGGCAUGGGAAGAUUGUUCACAGACUUUUCCAGCAUGUCCUUAGAGAUCCGAGAUGUGGAUGACAAGCACCACGGGCUGCCUGCCAUGUGAAACGUACUGCCUGCCUGCCAGUGAGGCUGAAACCCAGCUUAGGUUUACUUAGCUCACCAUCAAGUUCUGCUUAAGAGAAACUUUGAGAAUCCAUCCCUCAGCAUUGGUAUUGAGGUCAGCCGAAGUCUGCCAAAAAUAGUGAAGCAGCGUGAUUAACUCAACACUUUCCAGGCGAAAAGAUAAAUCGAAUCCAUUUCUGAAGACACAUACCUGUUACUAUAUAAUAAUGUUUUAAAUUCAAACAAGUACAUUUUAGUUUGUCUUCAAGAUAGGAUAAAUUUAGAAGAUUCACUUUGCAUAAUUAUGAGUAGUUUUAUCUUCUGCUUCAUAUAUCUUUACCACGUAAAUGUUCUUUAAAAAAACCCUAAGACUGUU